AUGUCCAGCAACCUGUCCUUCAUCCUCAACAAACCAGGCGACGUCUCCUUCGCCGAACGUCCCAAACCAACCCUCGAAUCCCCCCACGAUGUCCUCGUCGCCGUAAACUACACCGGCAUCUGCGGCUCAGACGUCCACUACUGGGUCCACGGCUCAAUCGGCAAAUUCGUCGUCGAAGACCCCAUGGUUCUCGGCCACGAAUCCGCCGGCACAAUCGUAGAGAUUGGCUCCAAAGUAAAGAACCUCAAGGUCGGAGACCGUGUCGCUCUUGAACCCGGUUACCCCUGCAGACGAUGCGGUAACUGUCUCGCCGGCAAGUACAAUCUUUGCCCUGAUAUGGUCUUUGCCGCUACGCCGCCUUACCAUGGUACUCUUACCGGUUUCUGGUCUGCGCCUGCGGACUUUUGCUUUAAGUUGCCUGAGAAUGUUUCGCUUCAGGAGGGUGCGCUGAUUGAGCCGCUCGCUGUCGCUGUGCAUAUCGUUAAGCAGGCGCGCGUCAAGCCCGGUGAUUCCGUCGUUGUCAUGGGCGCUGGACCUGUUGGUCUUCUCUGCGCGGCCGUCGCAAAGGCGUACGGUGCUUCCAAGAUCGUCAGUGUGGAUAUUGUCCAGAGCAAGCUUGACUUUGCAAAGGACUUUGCUUCCACGCACACUUAUGCCUCUCAGCGCAUUGCGCCUGAGGAGAAUGCCAAGAACAUCUGUGACCUGGCUGGUCUGCCUGACGGAGCGGAUGUAGUCAUCGAUGCAUCCGGUGCUGAGCCUUCCAUCCAAGCCUCUAUCCACGUUCUCAAGAACGGAGGUUCUUACGUCCAGGGCGGUAUGGGCAAGGCCGACAUUACUUUCCCCAUCAUGGCAUUCUGCAUCAAGGAGGCUACAGCAAGCGGAUCAUUCCGAUACGGCGCUGGCGAUUAUCCUCUUGCCGUUGAGCUUGUCGCUACUGGCAAGGUCGAUGUCAAGAAGCUGAUUACUGGUGUUGUGGACUUUAAGCAGGCUGAGGAGGCAUUUAAGAAGGUCAAGGAGGGAGAGGCGAUCAAGGUUCUUAUCAAGGGACCUAACGAGCAGUAA